CGUUUACAUCUCCCUUCCGCCAGGCCUGGAGUCACAUUGAGAUUCAUAGACUUUUAGAGAUUUAGAGGAUCCCUCGCAACUCUGGGGCUUCUGGUGCCCAAGGAGACUGAGACUGAUUGAGGGUUUAGAUCCUCCAUGGCUCAGUCUGACCUCCCUGGGCCACAGCUAGUACUUUGGCCCGUUCCCCUCAGUCACCUCAGGAGCCCCUCAUAUUUGUGUGAAGCCAUGGGGACCUCACCCUUACCCUGCUAGUGGGCUGGUCUCCCGUCCUGGUGUAAGGAAGCUUUGGUGAAGCAUUCAAAGAGCAGAUCAUAUCCCACUUCUCACUGGGCGUGCUGUGCACCUGUCGCCUGUCACAGAUAAAGUCUUCACCAUGAGUGUGGUGCAAAAGGCCCACUGUCAUGGGGAGGCCAACCAGUACGUGGGAGAAAUUAUCAGAAGGAGGGCGGACUUGAUAAGGGUCCCAAGACUGCAUUUACCUUCCUUUUCUCUCAGUAGCACCCAGCUUGCCCUCAGGAUGCCUGCCCACAGGAAGAGUAGGUUGCCAGACCAGUGGCGUAAAAGGGCUAAGAGCCUGGCCUCACUGGGCCCUCCAAGCGUUCGGAAGUACUCCUAGGGGGAGAAGUCUUCUCUCAAAGUGAGAGCCAAACAGCAGGUCCUGCCAGGCCCGGAGAAAGACCAGUUUCCAGUGGCUAAAGGAAGAGAAAAUCUGAUUUGCCUGCACUAGCUUUGCAUUUGAAAGGAGGAGAAGAGUGGAGGGCUGGUUCGGUCGGCCCCACCCCUGGCCCCGGCCCUGCCCCGACUCCCAGGCCCCUCCGGACGGCCGAGGCUGUCCCGGGCUCCGGCGUGGGCCCCGCCCCGAGGCUGAACGAGGCUGACCGCGCCGCCCGCAGGGGAGGACCCGGCCCGCAGCAAGUAAGUCACGCGGGCUCCGGCCGGCGAGCUGGGCCUGGCGGCGGAUCCCAACUCCCCGGGGUGUACUUGGCCGCAUGCUCUUCAGGUGUAACUGCUCCACCGCAGCCACCCGGCACGGCCAUCUGCACUUCCUCCGGCCCCCGUCUGUGGCCUCUGUCGGGGCCCGUCUGGAGCAGCAGGGACCCGGGAGGAGGGCGGGGGCUUCGGGCUCCCUGCCUGGCCCCACUUGUCCUCAGAGAACAUGUUAGCUGUGCACUUUGACAAGCCGGGAGGAACAGAAAACCUCUCCGUGAAGGAGGUGGCCAAGCCAAGCCCAGGAGCGGGUGAAGUCCUCCUGAAGGUGGCGGCCAGCGCCCUGAACCGGGCGGACUUACUCCAGAGACAAGGCCAGUAUGCUCCACCCCCGGGAGCUAGCAGCGUUCUGGGACUCGAAGCAUCUGGAUAUGUUGCAGAGCUGGGGCCCGGAUGCCAGGGGCAGUGGAAGAUUGGGGACCCAGCCAUGGUUCUGCUGCCUGGAGGGGGCCAGGCUCAGUAUGUCACAGUCCCCGAAGGGCUCCUUAUGCCCAUCCCAGCAGGACUGACCCUGCUCCAGGCUGCAGCCAUCCCAGAGGCCUGGCUCACUGCCUUCCAGCUGUUACAUCUCUUGGGAAACAUUCAGGCUGGAGACUCUGUGCUAAUCCAUGCAGGAGCAAGUGGUGUGGGCACAGCUGCCAUCCAACUUGCCCGAAUGGCUGGAGCUAUUCCUCUAGUCACGGCUGGCUCCCAGCACAAGCUUCAAGUGGCAGAAAAGCUCGGAGCAGCUGCUGGAUUCAAUUACAAAGAAGAGGAUUUUUCUGAAGCAACACUGAAAUUCACCAAAGGUACUGGAGUCAAUCUUAUUCUAGACUGCAUAGGUGGAUCCUUCUGGGAGAAAAAUGUCAAGUGCCUAGCUCUUGAUGGUCGCUGGGUUCUCUAUGGUUUGAUGGGAGGAGCUGACAUCAAUGGGCCUCUCUUUUCAAAGCUGCUUUUUAAACGAGGAAAUCUGAUCACCAGUCUGCUGCGAUCCAGGGACAAAAAGUACAAGCAAAUGCUGGUGAAGGCUUUCACAGAACAAAUUCUGCCCCACUUCUCCACGGAGGGCCCCCAACGUCUCCUGCCUGUUUUGGACAGAGUCUACCCUGUGACUGAAAUCCAAGAGGCCCACGCAUACAUGGAGGCUAACAAGAACGUGGGCAAAAUCGUCCUGGAGCUACCACAAUGAAGGAGGGAGCAACACAGAAUGCGGAUACCGCUGGCCUUCCCAGAACAAACUUGGAGAAAAUUCACAGCAUGCAGGAAAGAGACCGGGAGCUACUGCAGACCCCCCUGUAACCCAUUGGUCCUCCCGGGCCUCAUGAACAGACCUAUAUAAACCUGGGCUAAGAAAAUAAAAAGAGUGGAUUUGAA